AUGAGCUACGGCGCGCGCCGCGAGACUAUCGCGCAGCCGCUGCCGGCCCGGGGCGGUGGAACUGGCGUUGUGGUCCAAAAUAAAGUAAGGAAAAAUUUUGUUUUAUAUCUCAUAGGAACUCCGAAACAGCUGCAUUACAGAAAGGAAGGAGAAGUUAGUACCACACUUCAGGAGUUGUUACUCUACUUUAUUUUCUUAAUAAACUUAUGUAUAUUGACUUUUGGGAUGGUAAACCCACAUAUGUAUUACUUAAACAAAGUUAUGUCAUCUCUAUUUUUGGACACUUCUGUGCCUGGUGAAGAAAGAACCAACUUUAAGUCUAUUCGCAGCAUAACUGACUUUUGGAAGUUUAUGGAAGGACCCUUUUUGGAAGGCCUGUACUGGGACUCCUGGUACAAUAAUGAGAAUUUGUAUGAUUUAAAGAACACCAGUCGUAUCUACUAUGAGAACAUACUUUUAGGAGUCCCCAGAGUCCGUCAGCUGAAAGUCCGUAACAACACAUGCAAGGUCUAUUCAUCCGUUCAGUCCUUGAUGAAUGAAUGUUACAACAAAUACACUUCUGAAAAUGAAGAUCUGACUGAUUUUGGCCUUAAAGUUGAUACUGAAUGGAAGUACUCUGCUCCUAGUAAAAACUCCCCUUGGCACUGGGGAUUUGUUGGUGUUUACCGAAAUGGGGGAUAUAUUUUCACUUUAUCAAAAUCAAAAUCUGAAACUCUAAACAAGUUCAUUAACCUUCGAAUGAACAGCUGGAUAACGAGAGGAACUAGAGUUAUUUUUAUUGAUUUUUCAUUAUACAAUGCUAAUGUAAAUCUGUUUUGCAUCAUCAGACUGGUGGCAGAAUUCCCUGCAACUGGAGGAAUACUUACUUCAUGGCAGUUUUACUCUGUGAAGCUCCUCAGAUAUGUUAGCUACUAUGAUUAUUUUAUUGCUGCCUGUGAAAUCGCAUUUUGUAUUUUUCUUUUUGUCUUCACAACACAAGAACUCCAAAAAAUAAAAGAAUUUAAAUCUGCCUAUUUCAGAAGUAUUUGGAACUGGCUAGAAUUACUACUUUUGGUGUUGUGUUUUGUGGCCGUUUUCUUCAACUUAUACUGUAAUAUACAAAUUUUUCUCUUACUUGGACAACUGUUAAAAAAUACUGAAAAAUAUUCAGACUUCUAUUUUCUUGCAUACUGGUAUAUUUAUUACAAUAAUGUAAUUGCUAUAACCAUCUUCUUUGCAUGGAUAAAGAUAUUCAAAUUCAUAAGCUUUAAUAAGACAAUGUCUCAGCUGUCAACAACCUUGUCCCGCUGUAUCAAAGACAUAGUAGGAUUUGCCAUCAUGUUUUUUAUAAUAUUCUUUGCUUAUGCCCAGUUAGGAUUUCUUCUUUUUGGAUCACAGGUUGACGACUUCUCUACUUUUCAAAAUUCCAUAUAUGCACAAUUUCGAAUUGUUCUUGGAGAUUUUAAUUUUGCUGGUAUUCAGCAAGCCAAUUUUAUCUUGGGACCCAUUUACUUCAUCACUUUCAUCUUUUUCGUGUUCUUUGUCCUGCUGAACAUGUUCUUGGCAAUAAUUAAUGAUACGUAUUCUGAAGUAAAAGCUGACUAUUCAAUAGGCAGAAGCCCAGAUUUUGAAGUUGGCAAAAUGAUUAAAGAGCGUUACAAAAAUGCUAUCGAAAAACUCAAACUAAAGAAAUCUCAAAAGGCUGAAGACAAGAAAAGCAUGAAAAGAAAAGAUUUGGCUGAACAAGCUAGAAGAGAAGGCUUCGACGAAAAAGAGAUUCAAAGUGCAGAGCAGAUGAAAAAAUGGAAAGAGAGGCUUGAGAAAAAGUAUUAUUCUACAGAAAUUCAAGACGACUACCAGCCAGUCACUCAACAAGAAUUUCGAGACCUCUUUUUAUAUGCUGUGGAGCUGGAGAAGGAAUUACACUACGUCAGUUUAAAACUAAACCGAGUGAUGAGAAAGGUUUCAGCUCUACAAUACUGAACCAA